AUGACAAAAUAUUUGUACACUUUGGAUGGAGGUAAGAUUAGCGAGUUAGGGCGUCUUGGAUAUGAAAAUUUCGAUUUUUUAUCCUAUGAAAUGAAAGGAGAACAUGAAAAAAAUGAUGAUAUGAUAUCUAUAUUAGAAAAUAUUCAUUUAAGUUAUUUAUUAGGUGGUUGUAAUAUUAUAGGUACUAAUACGUUUCAAGUUAAUUUGCAUAGUUUCAAAAAGUUAGGUAUUGAUAACGGACAAGAAAUUUUAAAUAAAUAUAUUAAUAUAGCAUAUAAUAGUCUUUUAAAAUAUCAAGAAAUAAAGAGAAAAAGUAAAGAUGAUAUAAAUGUAUUGAUAAAUCCUAGAAAUAAAAAUAAUAUAUCUGUUUAUGAUUAUUUGUCUUCUUAUCACAACGUAAGAAAAAAAUUUGAUAUUUUACAUGAAAAAGAUUUUUCAUUUAAUAUAGAUAAUUAUUUGAAAGAUAUAAAAAUUGAACAAAGCAUAGGAAAUAAUAAAUAUAAAAAAUUUAAUAAAAGUACAGAUAAUUAUAUUUCUUUUUCUAAUGGUCCAUAUAGUAGUACUUUUGCAGAUUUCAGUGAAUAUUCAGGUGUAAUGCACAAGAAUAAAGAUAAAAAAGGGAAUAAAAAAAUGAAGAAAAAUGUAGAAAAAGAAGAAGAUGAAAAAAAAAAAAAAAAAAAAGUGAGCGAAUAUUAUCAACUUGAUAAAAACAUUAUUAAUAAUAAGAAUAAUAUUAAUAGGAAUAUAAAAAAAUCUAUUAAUUAUAGAGAAUAUAAUAAAUAUUCUUUAUAUUAUGAUAUACAAAUGAAUAUACCAAGACUUAAUUUUUAUGGUCGAGAAAAAUAUAAUCCCAUAGAAAUUGUACCCAAAAUUAAAAAAAAAAAUGAAAACAUAAAUUAUAAGGGUCAGACAAAUAUAAUAAAUAAAUAUAAUAAUAAUAAUAAUAAUAAUAAUAAUGAUGAUGAGAUAUUUUUCGAUAAAAAAUUAUUCAAUUAUGGAAUAGAAUAUUAUAUAGAUGUAAGUGAUCAAGAGAUUAUAUCAAAUUGCUUAUUCAAAUUAAAUACAUUUUGUAAAAACCAUGAUAAAUUACAUUUAUUUUCUUUAACAACUUUUUCAAAUAUAAGAGAAGUACUAACAUUUUAUAAUUGCAUAAAAUAUUAUGGAUCUACAUUUAAUAAUAAGGUUAUUAUAAAUUUUUUUUGUAAUAGUUGUAAAUAUGUAGGAUGUUCAAAAUAUUCUUUUUUUGAUAUUGUAAGUAUUUUAUUAUAUUUAGAUUCUUACAAUAAAUAUAUUAAAGCUAUAGGAUUAAAUUGUGUUAAUAUAGAAUAUGUAUAUGAUUUAUUUUACCCUUUUAAAAAAUAUAUAUGUCCAUAUAAUAAUAUUAAUAUUAAUUUGUAUCACAGUCAAAAUAACCAAAUGAAUAACAUUGUAAGAAAUGUAAUGAAUGACCUAAAAAAAAAUAGAUAUAUAUAUGAUAUGAAUUUUUUUUGUUCACCUAAUAAAUCUUUAGAAGUGGUAUCAUUUGAUGAUACAAAUGGAGAUGUACAGUUUCAUAAUUCAUCAAAUCAGACAAAUCAUGUAUACAACUAUAUUGGGAAGUGGAUAAAUGUGCAUGUAAAUGGUUUUGGUGGCUGUUGCUAUUAUAAUCCUUACGACAUAUCUUUGAUUAAUUAUAAAAUUAAUGAGUUAUUAUAA